UGUUGGAGUAAUAAAGUUUUGUUUCUAGGAGAGAUUAGAGUAGAGGGUUCUAGAGAGAUUGCAGAGAGAUGGAGAAUGAUGGUGAACCAUUAGCGAUCAUGCCAAGCUGUUUAAGUGGCAUGAUAGACAGUGGAAGUGUGGAAAGUCAUAGGUAUUAUCUUGCUAGGAAGACAACUUUUGAGAUGUUGAAAGAUAGAGGUUAUGAUGUUCCUGAAAAUGAACUCAAUCUUACUCUUCCGGAGUUUCGUAGCAUUUAUUCUGAGAACCCAGAUCUUGAACGUCUUCGUAUCUCUCUUCCUCUACUUUCUAAUCCAUCUAAAAGGAUUUCUGUAAUAUUCUGUGGAACUGAGAAAAUUAAAAAGGGAACUAUAAGGAACCUUCUUGGCCUAGUUGGUGAAGGCGCCAAUUUGACCGGCCUCAUAUUGGUCCUGCAAAGUGAGAUGACAGCCCAAGCUAAACAGGAUUUGACCCUUUUUCAGGUUUCUAUUGAGCUUUUCCAAAUUACUGAUCUGUUGGUUAACAUUACAAAGCAUGUUCUCAUGCCAAAACAUGAGAUUCUCACUCCUGAAGAGAAAAAGAAGUUGCUAGCUAAGUAUAAUCUGGAUGAUAAGCAGCUUCCCCGCAUGUUAGUCACUGAUGCAUUCGCACGAUACUAUGGGCUCGAGAAGGGGCAGGUGGUAAAAGUAACUUUCGACAGCGACAUAACAAGCUCACACGUCACCUAUCGCUGUGUCAUGUGAUGAUGAUGAUGCUAACAAGUAACACCUGACUUUUGGAGGGAUUAAUUUGCUAAUACCCAUGUCCUCCUUGUGAAGUGGAUUUUGUUCACCUGCUACUGCUGAAAACUUCGGGAUGAUGAUAUCGACUUAUUGCUGAUCAUUUUGUUAAGCUUAUGCUCAUGUCGGCAUGUUUUCUAUUAUCUACUUAUGUAAAAAUAUGUAUAGUGGGGCUGACGGUUCUUAGAAUACAAUGCAAUGAUGCUUACUCUUUGAGAUCAAUUGUCUACUCGUCUGAUUUUAUAAUUAACCCUGUCCGAUUGUGGCA